AUGGCUCCGAGAAGAUCACAUCGAAAGUCGCGUAAUGGGUGUCAGGAAUGCAAGACGCGAAGAUUGAAGUGCGACGAACGAUAUCCGUGUACUAACUGUACCAAACACGGUAUUCCUUGUAGCUAUACGCGACCGAAUGAUGCGCAUGGAACGGGCAGUGCCAUAUCUACCCCAGCUGAGACCCUGGCCACGCGGUCGGAGUCUUUGGCCCUGCAUGUCCCGUCGCCUUUCCAUCGGGAGUCUUACACUCCCGCAUCUUCUACACCGGCUGUCUAUCCCCCCAGACGUGAGAGUAGACUUGACCUUCUACAUAUUCUGUCCAACGCUCCAUCUGGUACCCCUUCAAACACAGAUGACUGGGCAUGCGAUCUUGAACUCAUGCACCAUUACUGCACAGUGACAUGCAACAGUCUCACAAUUCGCGAAGAUGCUCGACAUGUCUGGCGAGUUGUCUUACCCAUGGAGGGCUAUGCAAAUCAGUACUUGAUGCAUGGGAUAUUGGCACUGGCUGCCCUCCACCGCGCCUGUCUCUACCCUGCCCAGAAAGAAAAAUAUAUCAAAGCAUCUGCCUACCACCAGGCAGCCGGAUUAAAAGAGUUCCGAGAACUUAUUACUUCGCCAAUUGACCCUAGCAACUGGCAACCCGUGUUUUGUUUUGCUUCAAUGAUUAUGGUCUAUGUUUGCGCCUCACCGAUUAGGUUAGGCACAGAUCGUUGGCCGGACCCGAUCUUGAAUGUAGUUGAAUUAUUCUCUGUUGUUAAUGGACUUCAAACUAUCAUGGAGCCAUGGCUGCAUUCUCUUCGAAAAACACAGCUUGCGCCGUUGGUGAACUGUAUUUGGCUUGAAGAUGAUAUGCUCAUCCCCAGUCCUUCGGUCAUGCAACAAUCUAUGCUUCCCCCUGAUAUUCGGGACCGGAUAUCGCAACUUCGUCAAUUCAUUGAUGACUAUCCCUUUUCUCAACCGGCUCAGACUCUCGGCCAAAAUGCUUCUACGGGACCCCCAUCGACAGUUGAUCACAGGGAAGAUUACAAUAAUGCCAUGAAGUUCUUCGAAACUUCAACCCGUCAACUUGAGCUCGCCGGUCCACAUAUCGAGACUGGUAUGGUUCUCAUGUGGGCUUACUCACUUUCCAAGCGUUUCCAAGAAGAUCUGGAAGCUUAUAGACCUGCUGCCCUUGUUCUUCUGGCUCACUGGUGCGUUUUGCUACAUCUGAUUGACCACUGCUGGUUCGUCAAUGGUGCUUCUCGUCAAUUGUUGGAGGACAUUGAGAGCAAGAUUCACCCGGGGUUCCAGGAGUGGCUAGUUUGGCCUAGGAGAUGGGUCUAUGGGAAAUGA